AUGUCCAUUCCCCCAAAUUUAGAGGGAAACAAGUUAAAGCACCUCGAUGUGAGGAGCUUUCAAAAACUGAAAGACCUUAAUACUYUAGAACUACAUAAUAACGAACUAAAGAAAUUGCCGAAGGAAUUGCUCUCUACAAACACCAUACUCUCAAAACUGAAUCUACAAAAUAACCAAUUGACCACUUUGCCUAGCUUUGAGAAUAAUGAACAGUUAAGCGAUCUGCUUUUAGCCAAUAACAAUUUGGAAAUGGUCCCAUAUAUGAACUUAAGCAAGAUAUAUAUUGACUAUAUUUAUAUAGAUAACAUUAGAGUUUGGGAAGUCAGAAACCAUUCUUUCAAAGCUACACCUAACGUUUUUUUCCUAAUGAUGUCAAACAAUCCCGUCAAAAUUAUCGAAGACGAGGCGUUUCAUGGUGUUCCAACUCUCAAAAUAGUCACGUUGCUGGAUACCAAGCUGAUUGUUCCGCUUAAAAUUUGGCCCAUACAGCAGAGCAGAAUUACCUUCCUUGUAUCUGGAAAUGCAGAUGCAGACAUCAGUUUACAGCUCGAAAGCGGCAGUUCUUUUUUGUCUUUUUUUGACAAUACCGGUUUUAUAUGUACCGUUAGUAGAAUGGUUUUGCGUUGUAAAGCAUGUACCAGGGGAACUUUUAAGUCUCCGUUCGGAAAGAAAUGUGACGUGUGCCCUGCAGGUGGCUUCUAUCAAGACCAAACAGCUUACAUAGGACCGUUUUACCUCGGUUAUGGAUGCAAAAAAUGUCCUAAUGGAUCGUAUGUUAAACCGGAACUCGCGCCUGGUAAAUCCCAGACAGACUGCCAGUCAUGUCCAAGAGGAACAGAUUCCAAACACUUUGCCAAAUUUCGUGCAUGUCGAUGCAUUGAUGGCUACUAUCGUUUGGACCGAUUUGGACCAUGUACAAUCUGCAGAAAUGGCUAUUUGUGUUCAAACGAAAGCGUUGAUCUAGCUUCUGGAUUUUACUGGGUCUGGAAAAGCCAGCAACUUAGGCAGGACUACGAAAGAUUCACRAAAGAUUUAAGCAUACCAGAUGCAAGCUAUAAGCAACGAAAGUUCAUAUACUCAAUUCCUGACGUAAAUGCUUGUCCCUUUGAAGGAUCGUGUCUAGGUGGAUAUCUCUCAAAAUGCGGUGACGGUUAUACGGGACCUCUGUGUGCAGUAUGUGAUACAGGAUACUAUAACAUGAUUGCAAAAUGUCAGACGUGCCCUUCUCUUCCUUGGAUCAUCGCACAGAUGGUCUUCUUAGUUGUUGUGCUUGUCUUCUUCAUCCURUUUAUCUUAUGGGAAAAAAAGAAGCAAGCAGUUCAGUCAAGUCGUACACUCACCGACAUUUUCCUUGCAAGACUUAAAAUCAUUAUUGGGUUUUACCAGAUUUCUUCGUCUACUUUUGAUUCGUUUUCCUACAUCAAAUGGCCCGGGCCGAUUCGCACCCUGAUGAAGUAUGCCAAACUUCUUCAACUGAAUCUCAUACAGAUUGCUCCUCUGAACUGCAUCGACAGUACCUUAAAGUCAGACGCUUAUGCAAAUUUCCUAUUCAGCAUUGGUAUCAGUGCAAUGCUAGUGUUUAUUGGAGUGCUGGUAAGAUAUUCAAUAAAAAGCUAUGUGAAAAACAAAAGCAGUAUGAGCAAUGAAGGCAAGAGAGUCAAAGAGAUUGAAUACAAACAGAAGUCCUAUCGAUGCCUGAUCCUGCUCCUCUUCAUCACAUUCCCUUCAACGUGUACUCAUAUUCUACAGAUGUUGCCCGCUGCUUGCCACAARAUCUGCUCUCACMAAGACAUCAACUGCAACUCGUAUCUCAGGGCAGAUUACUCGGUCCAGUGCAACACACCAAAACAUGACAUCUAUGGCACAUUGAGUACAAUAGCAAUUGUCUACUGCAUUGGAUUCCCCCUAACCUUGUUCUUUAUUCUAAGACGUGCCCAAAGACAAGGGAAGCUUGGUGAUGCUGGUACAAAUGAUAACGGUCCCAUACUACAUGGUAUUCGAUUCCUCUAUGAAAAUUAUUCACCAAUGUGUUGGUUCUGGGAGAUAUUGGAAUUGGCCCGUAAAAUAUUUUUUAGCUCCCUGCUGAUAUUGAUGAAUGCUGAGAGCCGCACGAGUUUGGGCCUGACCUCAAUGUUCUCUGGGAUGUACUCUGUACUGUUUGCCCUUUACAAGCCUAUUGAAGAUACGUUUGAGUACUGGCUGCAAAUGGCUUCGCUGYUUGCAAGUUCUGUCAACUUUACAGUUGGUAUGCUGAUGAAGGUUCCUUCAGAAGAAACAUCGUCUGGUGUCGGCGAGCAAACCGAUGAGUUGAUGGUGGCGGUAAUACUUGUUGUUGCAAAUGUUGCUGUUGUGGCUAUAAUAGCAGUUAAAUAUCUGUCAAGCAUUAUCACAGCUGUAGUGACAUGGAAAAACGGGCCAAAGUGCAAUGUAUCGUGUUGUCUAGAGAUUCUUCAGCUGGCGAGUGACGCACAGGGAGAAGUAGGAGGCGUGUGCACUGAGCCAAAGAUCAAUGAAAACCUCUUUGUUGAUGCUGGGGGUCAACCAACCCUAGAUGGAGUCUCAAGCAACAUUCAAACCAUAAACGAAAAUGACGAAGGAAAUUAUGACGAUAAGGAGGAAAAARUGUAGUGUGCUCUUGCACAGUCUCAGUUUUUAUAGUGUGCUUAGAUGAAGCUAAUUUAAAAUGACGCAAAUACAUGCAUAUGUACAUUGCAAACUUUUACUGCAGCAACAUGAUUAUCAUGAUAACUAUUGAAACAUCUCUAAAAGGCUUUUUAAUAAACUUAAAGAUGGUGCCUUCCAUAGAGAAAUACUAUAGUGCUCCGUCCUGUUUAUCAGUUUUUACUGUUUCCAUGACACGAUAAAAACUCAGAUGACCCUGUUGGUGUGGUGCAGUUCUGCCUUAAAAAUUCAAACUUUUGCAUUUUUUGAUGCCUUGCUUGCUUUGUAAACAGKUAUGCCUAAUACACCGCAAUCUAAUGUUCAAUAAUUGCUAUAAAGUUUUAAAGCGCAAAAAAUAAUACGAAACA